AUGAGCAAACCAAGAAAAGCACAGCCGCCAAGUGAGGAGCAAGCCAUGGAGGAGCAGCAGGUCGUGGACGCCAUGAAGGACCAGGCCGCCCUCUCGAUGCGCCUCCUCCGUGGCCUCGGCCUCCGCGGCGAGCAAAACCUCGCCUUCUCGCCGGCGUCUUUCCACGCCAUCCUGUCCCUCCUCGCGGCUGGUACCACCGGUGCCAUUCGGGACCAGAUCGUCUCCUUCCUGGGCCCCGCCGGCGCUGAAGCGCAUGCUGCCCUCGUGUCCCACUUUGGCCAAACACCGAGCCACCAGGAAGAGGACGAGGAAGGACAUCCCAUGGUCCGGUGCGCCACUGGGGUGUGGGUCGACUCCUCUCUCCACCUCAAGCCCACCUUCGCGACCAUGGCGGCAUCCAGGUUCAACGCGGAGGCGCGAGCCGUCUGCUUUGGGUCAAACCCCGAGCAGGCCAGGUCCGAGAUCAACGAGUGGUUCGAGGGCGAGACAGGCGGCCGGUGGAAGGAGCUUGUACCUGAGGGUUCCAUCAACGCCGCCACGGUCGUCGUCCUCGCCAACGCGCUCUAUUUCAGAGGCUACUGGUACGACCCCUUCGACCCUGAGCUCACACAAGACGGCGACUUCUACGUCUCGCCCGGGCACGCCGUUCGCACGCCCUUCAUGGUGGGGGGCUACCUGCACGAGAACAUGUGCAUCGCCUGCCACCCCGGCUUCAAAGUCCUGUGGAUGCCCUACUGCGGCCACUACCAGGACUGUCGCUCCUCCAUGUGCAUCUACCUUCCUGACGAUCGCGGCGGGCUGCCGGAGUUGGUGCGCGCGCUCAGCUCUGACCCAUCCGUGCUAUUCGCCGUGCCGGAGAAACUGGUCCCCACGGCCGAGCUGAGGAUCCCCAAGUUCGACGUGUCGCAACGGCUCGAGGCCUCGCACCUCCUCCGUGAUCUCGGGCUGGACCUGCCGUUCCGUCUCAAUCCAGCCGGUCAGUCCUUCUCGGAGAUGCUGGCCUUGGACGAGCACGAUUCCAAGAUGCCGAUGGCGGUGUCGUCCGUCGUCCACCAGUGCUCUGUCAACAUCAACGAGCAAGGUACCGUGGCCGCCGCAGCCACCGACAUGGAGAUUCUGGGGUUCACCGACGCCGACGGCGCCAUGGUUCGCAGCAAGAUCACCUACUACACGUUAUUCACGUUGGAAGCCAUCCUCAACUCCAUCCAGGCCGAGGCGAAGGUGGAGGCAAACCGCCGUUUCCUCCCGGAGGCGGACAUGGAGCUUGAGGACGCCUUCGCGUACGGGGAGAACGACGACAGGGGCCAUUGUUUCGCCUGGCCACCAAUGACUACGAGGACAGCAGCUGGCACGAAAGUCAUUUACAUAUCCAAUGACGAGUAG